CAACGCCGGAGAGCUGGCCAAUCAGCGCAGUGUGCGGUGAACGCCGGCCUCUUCUGAUUGGCCGCCCGUCUCAUCUGCAGAGCAGAAGGAAAACAGCAGUGGAGAAAUCUUUCUUGAUUAUUUUGCGGGGUUGGAAUCUACACGCUGGGGAUUUUCGGGCAGAGUCUGCCGGUGUUCUGGAGACAAAGUGCUGGACAUCUGCGAGAUCACCUCUUCAAGUCCAGAGCCAGCGUGAAAAGGACGUUGUGCGCGAUGACAAUGACGUUAGCAGAGACGAAAGAAAUGUUCCGGUGCGCAGAUGCAGUUUGCUUUGAUGUUGACAGCACUGUUAUACGGGAGGAGGGCAUCGAUGAGCUUGCCAAGUUCUGUGGAGUCGGUGAUGCUGUUACAGAGAUGACUCGAAAAGCCAUGGGGGGGUCAGUAACAUUCAAAACAGCCUUGACGGAGCGUCUGUCCAUUAUAAAGUGCUCAAGGGAACAAGUCAACAAACUGAUAACAGACCACCCACCUCAGCUGACUCCAGGUAUUAAGGAGCUCGUGGAGAGGCUACACCAGUGUAAUGUGAAGGUCUUCCUCAUCUCUGGAGGCUUUCGCUGUAUUGUGGAGCAUGUGGCCACUCAGCUGGGCAUUCCUCUUGACCACGUCUAUGCGAACCGCUUGAAAUUUUACUUCAACGGAGAAUAUGCAGGUUUCGAUGACACUCAGCCUACAGCGGAGUCCGGAGGCAAGGGCAAAGUGAUCAGCCUGCUGAAGGAGAAGUACGGCUUUGAAAAAGUGGUGAUGAUCGGAGACGGUGCUACAGACCUCGAGGCUUGCCCCCCCGCUAGCGCUUUCAUCGGAUUCGGGGGCAACGUUGUCCGGCAGCAGGUGAAGGAGAAGUCCUCUUGGUAUGUCACAAGUUUUGGGGAGCUGCUAAAGGAACUCGAGAAGAUUUAGUGAAUUUAUCUCUUUGCACAUUGUGAAAUGUUUCACCAUCACCAGCUUCGUGCCUUUCUGCUCACUUUUUUUUUAAUGUUUUUUACUCCUUGCACAUUGUUCUAAUAUCUCUGGGUUUUCGUAUUCAGUCUUAUGAAGCAUCUUAAUACACUACAGUGUUUACAAUACAGUAGAAGGCAUAAUGCUAGAAAGCUAAUCUACAUAAUAACUAACGGGCUGUAACUGAAGUCGCACAAUUGUUUGUUUUUCUUGUUUUUAUGAUGGUAAUGCAUUAGUAGAUGUCACUAAAAUGGGUGUAAUUAGUUUUUUUUUAAUAAUGUGUGCAUAUCUCUUAAGGAGACUUUUUAAUUUUGGUACUUACAGAAAUAGAAAGAUUAAACUAUAUUCUAAAGUA